AUGUGUUUCCCCAGCUUUACGUGCUGCUUCCUGUCAGACAGGAAGUUGGUGAUCCACCUGCAGGUGGAGACAGGCAUGUGCAGCCGGGAGACCACCCCGUGCAUCAAGGCCAUCAGUCCCAGUGAGGGAUGGACCACUGGAGGAGCCACUGUCAUCAUCAUUGGGGACAACUUCUUUGAUGGCCUGCAAGUUGUAUUCGGGACGAUGCUCGUAUGGAGUGAGCUGAUAACUCCCCAUGCCAUCCGCGUCCAGACCCCACCGAGGCAUAUCCCCGGUGUUGUGGAAGUCACGCUGUCCUACAAGUCCAAGCAGUUCUGCAAAGGUGCCCCUGGGAGAUUUGUCUACACUGCCCUGAAUGAGCCCACCAUCGACUAUGGUUUCCAGAGGCUGCAGAAAGUCAUCCCCAGGCACCCAGGAGAUCCUGAGAGGUUACCAAAGGAGGUGUUGCUGAAGAGAGCGGCUGAUCUUGUUGAAGCUCUGUACGGCAUGCCCCACAAUAAUCAGGAGAUCAUUCUGAAGAGGGCAGCUGACAUAGCUGAGGCCCUGUACAGUGUUCCCCGCAACCACAACCAGAUCCCCUCCCUCGCCAACACAGCCUCCCACGGCAUGAUGGGAGUCAACUCCUUCAGCAGCCAGCUAGCAGUCAAUGUGUCUGAGUCACAAGGGAACGACCAAGUGGGCUACAGCCGCAACACCAGCAGCGUCUCCCCCCGGGGCUACAUCUCCAGCAGCACCCCGCAGCAGUCCAGCUACAACACCGUCAGUAACAGCAUGAAUGGCUACGGCAAUGCCGGCAUGAACCUGGGAGUGCCAAGCUCCCCCGGGUUCCUCAAUGGAUCCUCUGCCAACUCCCCAUAUGGAAUUAAACAAAAGAGCGCCUUCGCCCCUGUGGUCCGACCCCAGGCCUCCCCACCCCCCUCCUGCACCAGCGCCAACGGCAACGGACUGCAAGCCAUGUCCGGUCUGGUCGUCCCCCCUAUGUAAAUGCACUUUUGUCAUCUCAAGCACCAGUCUACACACUACCACUUCACAGGACACCCCUUUAGCACACAGCAAAAUGCUGGUGUAGUGUAUAGUCAACAACUAUUUCUGUUUUUAAGGACGGAGAAAAAAAAUAAUUAAAAAAAAAGUUGGGUUUUUUUUUUCAAAAAAACUUUCACUUAUCUGCAAAAGGAAAAGGAUUUCAUGAAGAACACUUUUUUUCUCUCUCUCUCUCUAUCUCUGAAGGGAUUUUUAUUUGGUUGACCAUUUUUUUUCACCAUUUUAUCACCCUUGAAGAGGACACAGGACGAUGAAGUGUUUAUUUUGUAUACCUGUUGGGCCGUGCUUUGUUCUUGUCCAAUCAACCCUAUACAUUCUCAGUACUGGAAGUGGAGCUCUGUGGACUCACCAUGUAAACUAAACACUGAUGUACAGUAACAUUUGCCGAUGAACUCGAUUGCCUCCGCAAUGGGGUUGUUUCUCUUUUAAUAGAUUCACAACAGUUGUGUGUCUUUAUAAUGUGACUUUUUUGUAUUUUUAUGUGUGAGAAAAAUACACAGGGGCCAAGAAAGUUUGAAUUUCAACUGGAAAAUAUAUGAGAUAUAUAAUGUAAGAAAAAUUGAUCAUAAAAUACAACGCAUUACGAGAUAAAACGGGGGGAAGGGGGCCGGGCGGGUAAGAUUGUAUCAUGUUUCAUUCCUGCAUUUUAAAUUAAAAAUUUUGUAAUUUAUUGUAGCUAGAAAUCAUCCUCGAAAUUAAAAAAAUACAAAAACAAAAACAAACAAAAAAAAUCUCUUUGAUUCAACAAGCACACUGAUGUGUAAAAAACACUCCACUCUGUUGAUGAGAAGGAUAUACUUCCAUGUCUAGAGCUUCCUUUUAAAGCAAGUGUGUUUUGCCAUGUUUUUCAACUCUUUUGCUAGCACUGUAUAUUAAUGCAUUCCUAGGCUACUGUGAAGUCUGUUUCUUGUUGAUGAGGAGCAGCCUCCUCCUUCUAGCUCCAAUUCCCUUAUGUGUUUUAUAUGUGGUUAUAAAAUUGUAGACUAUUGUGAUAUUGCCAAACUUGUGCUAAAUAUUUAUACAUCUGUCUUUUUCAUGUUCUUUUACAUCAACAAACAAACAAAAAAAAACGUUUAAAAACAAAAUUUGAAUCCAUUGAAGAUGUAGGCAUAGCAGCUCAUUGUCAUAUUUCUGUUCCAAUACACACUUGCGCUCACUGAGGGAAAUUUUGUAACAUACCAACUAUAAAUAAUGUAUUUAUCUCUGAAAUUUUGUAUAUUGCUUUUCAUUAUGUAUGUAUUAAUCGUCAUGCCCUUAAUAUAGUGAUGCAGCACAGAUAAUUCAGCCAAGAACUGUUGCCUUCGUUUGUUUUCUUUUUGUAUUUGACAAAAUGCAAUGUCCAUAUAUUUCACGUGUAUCCUCAAAUUUGUGUUACUCUGUCAAGACUCUCUGUCCAUUUUUUUUAAAAGGGGAAGUCAAACUUCAUUGUUUAUUUUUAUAUUGAUUUUAAAUUAUCUAUACAGACCAUUUUUUUGGAGAAAACUUUGUUGGUUGUAUUGUCAAAUAAAUUGUUUGUGACCCAUAUGAUAGUUGUUAAGAUCCAAUAGAGACUAAUGUGCAUGAGGGACAAACAUUGGAGAAAAAGACACUCCAUCUGUGGUUGUGUUUUCUUUCUGUUUUGUAGGACGUAUAGAAGUCAUUUUUACUCACCACUUAUGACUCUGCCACAUAGCUUAAAUGUGUUUACAGGGAAGAAAAUUCAAAACAUUUGGAAUGGAAACAGAAAUGAAUAAGUGAUGUUUUAUUAAAAUUUUCAGUAAAAACACAA